AUGUCUGCUAAAAGAAACUUGAAAAAUAAUUUUACUAAAGUGAAUGAUGAUGCUCUAGGUCUAGAUGACUCUCUAUCAAUUAGUUUUGAAGAUAUUUCUCCAGAAAAUAUAUCGAAACAAAUUGGCACCAAACAGAAAAGAAUUGAAAAUUGGACUCAAACAUUAUAUAAUAAUUUUGAACAAAAGGCUCAACAAAAUUCGAAAGUUCAGAGCGAGGAAAGAAAUAAAAUACUUGAUGGUUUUAAGGAAAGAAUGGACAAUACCUUUAUGGGAUGGGAAAAGGAUAAUAACAAUCUUAAAGAGCAUUUAGAGAAGACUGAAAAAUAUUUAUUGCAACAAAUUCAGUUAAUUCAUCAACAAAGAUCUUGUCAAAUUAAAAAUUUAAAAGUUCUAAAAGAUACUAGUCAAGCAUUUCUUAAAGAUUUUCAUGAAUUAGAAAAUACUCAUAAUAGCCAAAGGGCGAAUCUUAUGAACGAAAUGAAACAAGAAAUGGAUAAAAUUUACGAAAAAAUUAUGAAUAAAACGCUCCUGUUAUCGUGCUAUAGUCAGUUACCGUAA